UGCCCAUUCUCCUCUCUCUCCUCCCCCAGCUGCCGACGUGGGGCAGCCGGCCGCAGGCGGUUAGGUGCCGGCGUGUGGGUGCGGAGCACAAGGCGGGGAUGGGAGGGCUGCGGCUGCUGGCGGUGGCCCUCACCUGCUGCUGGUGGCCGCCGGGCAGCGAGGGUAAGACCGUGCGGGGCACUUUCAGCAGCGCCGCGGCCCGAGACGCUCAGGGCCAGAGCAUCGGCCACUUCGAGUUCCACGGUGACCAUGCUCUCCUGUGUGUCAGAAUCAACAACAUAGCAGUAGCGGUUGAGAAAGAAGCUAAACUCUACCUGUUCCAAGCCCAGGAAUGGCUAAAGCUGUGGGAAAGCAGUCAUGGUUAUAGCUGUAGUGAAAGAUUAUCCAAAGCUCAGUUGACAAUGACCAUGAAUCAGACUGAACAUAAUCUGACGUUGUCCCAGAUUCCGUAUCCACAAACGUGGCACGUGUUUUAUGCAGACAAGUAUACGUGCCAAGAUGACAAUGAGAAUUCUCAGGUGGAAGAUAUCCUAUUUGAAAUGAUGUUACUAAAUCCGGAUGCCGAAGGGAAUCCAUUUGAUCAUUUUAGUGCUGGAGAAUCUGGGUUACAUGAGUUCUUUUUCCUCCUAGUCCUAGUGUACUUUGUGAUUGCUUGCAUUUAUGCUCAAUCAUUGUGGCAGGCUAUUAAGAAAGGAGGACCCAUGCACAUGAUUUUAAAAGUUCUGACAACUGCAUUGCUGUUACAAGCUGGUUCAGCUUUAGCUAAUUACAUUCAUUUCUCCAGUUACUCCAAAGAUGGAAUAGGGGUACCUUUUAUGGGAAGUUUGGCCGAAUUUUUUGACAUCGCUUCCCAAAUUCAAAUGUUAUACCUGCUUCUGAGUCUAUGCAUGGGUUGGACAAUAGUCAGAAUGAAGAAGUCUCAAAGCAGACCACUCCAGUGGGAUUCUACUCCUGCAUCCACUGGCAUUGCUGUGUUCAUUGUCAUCACACAGAGUAUUUUGCUACUUUGGGAACAGUUUGAAGAUGCCAGUCCUCACAGCUACCAUUCGCACCACAACUUAGCCGGGGUCCUCCUGAUCAUUUUAAGAAUCUGCCUGGCAUUGUCAUUAGGCUGCGGACUCUACCAGAUCGUCACGGCGGAACGAAGUACUCUGAAAAGGGAGUUCUACAUCACGUUUGCCAAAGGCUGUAUCUUGUGGUUUUUAUGCCAUCCAGUUCUUGUAUGCAUUUCUGUCAUUUUUAGUGAAUACCAAAGAGAUAAGUUGCUCCAACAGGCUACAGACUGGAGCCACGCUCGAGUCUGCCACAUUCUGUGUGCAUUGAUACCUACCUUCUUUGGUGAACAGCUCCAUCAUUUCAAAGGGAAGUUCUGCCAGGAUCCCUUUCCAAGCAGUGCAGUUAUUACAAUAGGUGUCAUCCUUUGCCAGUCUAUUUCCAUGGUUAUUCUCUACAGACUCUUUCUAUCCCACAGUCUAUACUGGGAAGUUUCUUCGCUUUCCUCUGUAACACUACCACUGACCAUAUCAUCUGGACACAAAAGUCGGCCUCACUUCUGAUACUUGAUUUUCUCUAAAGGAAAAGUGAAUCUAUUGAACAGAGUGCAAUAAGGAUCCAAAUACAGUGACUUUUUUUUUUCAUACUUUUUGUAUGAAAAAUUGAACAGAGAAAGCAGAGCAUGUUAUUUAUACAACUGCAUUUAAGCAGUAUCAAAACUGAAAAAGGUUAUAAAUGAAAUGUUUUGAAAUAAACUUAAUAAACUUUCAAGAAAGAGUGUUGUUAUAAGGUGUUUUAUGCAAUUUCCAUAUGGAAAUAAAGAUUAAAAAGAAUUAUAUGAUAUUUUGGUAAGUGAUUCAUCAGUUAGAAUGCCUCAUCUUAUAUCAAUGGUAACUCAGGUUUGAUAGUCUUAUAAAAAGUAAUCAGUUAAAUGAUUACUGCUUAUACAUAUCUAAACUAAGUCCAGUUAUGAAAUCAGUGUAGUACACUGAUUAAAAACUGCUUCCUUUUAUGCUUUAAGGAAAUGCAUUUUAUAUUGGAGUGUAAAAGAAUUGCAAAUGAGAUUAUUUCAGAAAAUGAAUAUAAAAUAUACUCGUGGUUAAAUGAAUAAGCCUGUGUUUAUUUGUGGGUGGGGUUAUUCUCCACUUUCUUCUAUCACCUUUGGCUCUAGUUCAGGUCUUAGCUUGAUUAGCAGAGGGUUUUUGACAGAUAUUCUAUGACAAAUACAACUUAGACACAUUACGUGGGCUGUAAGGACAAAGGGUUUUAAAAUCCUGAGCACUUAGGUGAAGGGAAAGCAGGUUUACAUGUUUAAAAAGAAAGAAGGAAAAAGUACUAUGUGAUAUGGUACUAAAAUUUUAAUCCUGAUAUAAUUCAUUUCUCUUACACUGAAUCCCCAAUCAUAAUUAAGCCGUAUACACAGAUUAAAUUAACAGAAGCAUUUCACAUAAAUAUUGGUUUCAGUCAUCAACUACCCAUGAAUUCCUGCCCAAGGAUACUUAAUCAGGAUUAAAUUUUCUAUGAAUAAUUGAAAAACAAAAUACUCACUGGAUUUGUUAUAAUCCGUGUUGGCACUGGAUUCUAAGUAGUUGCCAUCUUGAAUCCUUUGUAAUAAAGCCAUAUUUUUUGUGUAUGUGAUGCCCCAGUAUUGAGUAUGCUAGGUAAAAAAUAUGAAGUGCCUAUUUAAAGAAUUGCUAAAUGGUUGUCAGUACCUGCUGUAUAAAAUGAGUAUUCCAAUUAAUAGUCUCUGAUUAGUAAUUAUUUUGUUCCUGUUUGUCAAGUUGUUUAGACCUUUUCAUUUUUACCUCUGGCUUAUUUAAAAAAUAUUUUUUUUAUCUGCUUUCAAAGGUAUUACAUGUUUAUGCAAGAAAUGGUACACUGAUCUGGCAAUUAAACUUUUUAAUUAAAUAGUUAAAAUAAUGUACCACAACUUAAAAAUAUCUAUGGCUUCCUCUUUGUUUCUUCCCUUACACCUAGUCUCAUUGGAAAUGAAUAGUAUUCUGCUUCAUUUUAAAGGCAAAAUGUAUGUGUUUGUGGCUAGCAGAAUGACAGAGUGACAGAGUUCAGCCUGCUCAUUACGUCAUCUCUCACAGUUCUUUGUAAAUUAUUUAAGAAAUGAGAGCCACAGGUUGCAACUCGAAAGUCUGAGGGAUAUUUUAGGUUUACAUGAUCUGCCGAGUGGUCAUGACCUUUCUUUUUACCACAUCUCAAUAAUAACCCCAGUUAUUGUCUGUGGUGCAACUGAGGUGCAGUUAAGAUGAAAGAAAAAAGUGAAAAAAGCCUUUUCAUAAAUGUUGUGAACUUGCGACAAUGGGAAAGGAAUCAUCUUUGUGUUACCUUAAACAAAGAACAUAGAAACUGUAAUUAACAUAUAUGACAAAUAUUACUGUGCUUGCAUUUUUGAGACUUUACCAGGUUUUGUUUUUACUUUUUUUUUUAAUUUAUGGUUGAAUUUGCUGAUAAUUUAUUUUGUUAUUCAAGAGCCAUUGUUAAAUGAAGGAAAACAGUUGUUAACGUGUAAAACAGUUGUUAAUAAAGUUUAGUAAUCAGAGCUCAAGUUUAUACUUCCUAAGUCAUGACACAGCAU